UGCUUACAAUAGAUGCGGACCUCAAGGUCCCUCAUUGGGUGUCAGUCAAUAUUUAAUCGAUGACCGUUCCAGACGACCCACAGCAGAUUCCCGCUCCAGUGAAUUCUGUACCAUUAUCUAUCUUCGUUUCUCACGUCACAAAUAAAAGGCCUAUCAACCCUUCCUGCUGUGCUUUGUUUUUGAGCGAUGUCUGCUCUCAGCGAUGAGAAAUUGAAAACAACUGAUGCCUCUGGUUUACCCAGCCAUGCCCGUGACGAUCCGGAGAGGAGGUUGGUGAGGAAGAUCGAUCUACGUAUGGCCGUCGUCAUACUUUUGUUUACCUUACACAAUAUCGACAAAGCGAAUAUCACUAGCGCACGACUGGGAAGUUUUGAGAACGACCUGCACCUGCAGGGGAAUCAAUACGCAACGCUCUUGUCUAUCGUCUAUGUGGGAUUUAUUGUCAUGCAAGUGCCAGCGAAUAUGUUUCUGUAUUGGCUACAGAGACCUGCUAUCCUGAUUCCAUGGAGUAUGGUGUUAUGGGGUGUGGUAUCAAUACUAACAGGGAUCUCACAGAAUUAUACCCAGGUUCUUCUCACCCGUUUACUUCUUGGUUUUGUCGAAGCACCUUUCUUUCCUGGCGUCAUAUUUCUUCUAUCAGGAUGGUACAAGCGAGACGAGCUCGCUUUGAGAGCGACUUGUCUUAGUUUGGGAAGCGUGCUCAGCACUGCGUUUGGAUCAUCGCUUGCCUCUGGUAUACUUACAGGCAUGCAGGGAACACUUGGUCAAGCCGGAUGGAGGUGGUUGUUUUACAUCGAUGGCGGCAUGACCAUCGUAGUUGCGAUCUGUACGAUGUUCAUACUGCCUAAUUUCCCUCACAACACCAAAUGCCUCACUCCGGAGGAAAGAUCACUCGCUAUCUCCCGCCUUGAAGACGAUGGCUAUGGAAGCAUGGAUGGGCCUGGGAAACGGACAACUAUGCAAGGACUGCGGGAUGCUCUGCGCGACUGGAAGGUAUGGUGGUUUACAAUCUUGUUCACCAUUAAUCAUAUCGCGCUGUCAUUCGGCUUUUACUUCCCAACACUCGUUGCGAGCAUGGGAUAUGAUACUUCGGUGACUUUGCUGCUCGUCAUUCCUCCAUCGGUGCUCGCCACGACUGGCGCUUUUGUUUUUUCAAGGUAUUCUGACAAGACGCGAAAGCGUACCAUAUUUAUUCUUGCAUCGAGUGCAUUGACUGCCCUUGGAUUCAUUAUGACCAUCUGUACGAUGAACACGGUUGCGCGCUAUGUUUCACUGUUCCUGAUGGCUCAGAACGCCGGCGGACUAAUGGUGCUUUGGGCAUGGGUCAAAAACACUUUUUCCAGAGAACCUGCCAAGCGAGCUGUUGCUAUCGCUGUGAUCAGUGGAGUCUCUUCAGCGGGGAACAUCGCCGGACCGUUCCUCUGGCCUCUCAGCUGGGGCCCGACAUAUCGUUAUUCGUACGCUAUCUGCACUAUAGCCCUUGGGAUGUCGACGGCCAUGACUUGUGUCAUGUAUUUGCAUUUGAAGCGGGUGAAUGCACAGAUUGAGAGAAACGAGCAGAAUGCAAAGGAUAUCGAUGACCUCCAGGACCCUGUUGGUUUUAGAUAUCUGGUGUAGUCAACGCUAUCGCGCUUGUAGGUGAAUUACUGCUGGCCCCGCGGACCAUCCCCCGCAAGACACGACGUAAAUUUGUACUGUUUCGCUGUAAAUUACGAUAUCCAUGUGAACAACUUUGUCCUGUAGCGACUUUUUCCUUCAUUUUUUUUGGGAAUGCAACUUAUGUCUUUUGG